AUUCCAGGACCUCCUUUUCCUCCUCCCCCUCCUGCAGAGGAUCUCCCAGAAGCGAGACAUUCUUCCUCAGAAGCGAGGAGCCGAGCAGAUCUGGAACUGGAUCUGGGUCGAACAGCUGCGUUCACAGUUAGAAGAAGUUAAGAGAUGGGAGCUCAUGACGUGAACUCUGAUCCCCCGGGGUCAAUGACUGCUGUCCGUCGCUGGAGGCCUUUCAACAGCAUCAAGUUCUUCGUGAUGUGCCACAGUUUGCUGCAGCUGGCCCAGCUGUUGGUGUCGAGCUACAUGAAGAGCUCCAUCUCCACCAUUGAGAGACGUUAUGGUCUUUCCAGUCAGAAGUCAGGACUGCUCGCCUCCUUCAAUGAGGUGGGGAACACGGUCCUCAUCAUCUUUGUGAGUUUCUUUGGAAGUCGAGUCCACCGGCCACGAUUCAUUGGGGGCGGAGCUCUGUUGGCCUGUUUAGCCUCACUGCUGAUAGCGAUGCCUCACUUCCUGAGUGGACAGUACCACUACACAGCUCAGUACCUCUCCAGCGGUGAUAAUAGCUCCGGUCUUUGCCAGUCCAGCACCCUCACUAACUCGUCCACACAGGAAGGACCCUCCUGCCAAAAGCAGGAAAGUCCUUCCCAGCAGUUGGUCUACCCUUUGCUACUUCUGGGUCAGCUGCUCCUGGGGAUUGGAGCUGUUCCCAUCCAGCCCUUUGGAAUCUCGUACAUAGACGACUACGCCAGUCAGAAGAACUCGCCGCUCUACCUGGGAAUCCUCCUCGCCGUGACCUCGUUCGGGCCCGUCUUCGGCUUCGUGACGGGUUCCUUGAUGCUGCGUUUCUUUGUUGACUUUGACAAACUGCCUAAAGCCCAGAUCAGGUUGGAACCUACGGACCUUCGCUGGGUCGGCGCCUGGUGGCUCGGCUUCCUGGUAGCUUCCUGUUUGCUCUUCCUCACCGCACUGCCGUACCUCUUUUUCCCCCAAGAAAUGCCCAAAGAGAGAGAUGCAGCAGACGUGGAGUCCAGACUGGACAGGAAGCAGCAGACAGACUCGGUCCAGGAACUGUCUCUCCUUCAGUUCCUCAAAAGUUUUCCAGGUGUUGCCUUGCGAACGCUGCAGAGUCCCAUCUACCUGCUGGUGGUUCUGGCUCAGGUGAACCUGGCAGCUCUCCUGUCCGGCCUCUCCACCUUCAUGGCAAAGUUCAUCGAGAAGCAGUUCAGUCGGACGGUGCCCUUCUCCACCAUGAUGAUGGGAGGAGUCGGGAUCCCACUGGCGGUGCUUGGAAUCGUCCUGGGUGGAGCUCUGAUGCGGAGGUUUAAUCUGUCGGUGGGCGGAGCUACCAAGCUGUGUACGGCAGCCAUCUUACUCUGCAUGUUCUCCUCCGUCCCACUGCUGCUGAUUGGCUGUCCCACUCAGAGGGUCGCAGGGAUCUUUCCUAAAGGCCCUCUGCCCUGUAGUGCUGACUGUGACUGUCCUGACGAGGUCUUUAACCCGGUCUGUGGUUCUGAUGGGGUGGAGUUCUUGUCUCCGUGCUCCGCCGGCUGCAUGUCUGUAGAAAUCUACGACAGCAGAAUCACAAACUACACAGAGUGUCGGUGUGUCAAUGGUUCUAGUUGGGCGCGACCCGGGACCUGUGGCAGCUCAUGUGGUCACCUCCUUUGGCCGUUUGUGGUUCUGUUGGGUCUCACCAGCUUCAUCGCCUCCUUCUCACAGACGCCGUCAUACAUGUUGAUCCUCAGGACGGUGGAUCCCAAGGACAAGUCCUUUGCAGUUGGUGUCCAGUACAUGCUGUUCAGAGUCUUGGCGUUCAUGCCUGGCCCGGUUCUGUACGGUGCCGUCAUCGACACAACCUGCAUCCUGUGGGGGAAGAAGUGUGGCAAGCAGACUUCCUGUCACUACUAUGACCUGGACACCUUCAGACACAGGUUUCUGGGUCUGAUGGUGGUCUUCAUCUGUGGAGCGCUGCUCUGCUUCCUGCUGACCAUCCUGGUCCUCCGAAGAAAAGCUGGAACCUACCAACUUCCAUCGGGAACCAAAGGAGGUUACGAGCUCGUGGGGGGGCAGAAUGCACAGGAGAAGAAAUCUGACAGAGUGACAACCUGAGCAGGUCGAAAUGUCCUGGAAGGAGCAGCUCCUCGGAGCUGACAUAAAGAUCAAUCCGAUCAGACUCUUCCUCUUGUGGAUCCAGUAUUCCAUUUAAUGUGACCAACGUUCCGAGAUGAACCCGGAGUGCAGACUCGGGAAACUUUUCAUCUGAGCCUUUAAACUUAAGACGCAACCUCAGCUCAUAGUGUACUCAUCCUUAAACUCUCCUUCUACUCAGGUGGCCCAGGUCACAUGGUGAGCCAGGUCA